AAAGCCUCCAACCGGAAGUGUGUGCUCUUAUUGAGACAGUCUCGGCCCGCUCGUCACACGGCCGGCAGUCAGGCGGGGAGCUGCGCUGUCAAGAGGGUGGACGCCGAGCUGGAAAUGACCUUAGAGGCCUUACAGAUACAUUUGUGCGCUUGCCACUUGUAAUCUGCAUCCGCAGAGAGCGGCGUCAUUUGGAAGCACAUUUCUUUCCGCGGCGAGCUCCACCUACCUCAGCCCGGCUCUCGGACGGUAAAAGCAGGAAGACGGCAGUGGGAGGGGACACACGGAGCCGAGUUGGCCUUUUGAGAGGAGCAUCUUGAGACGGACUGGAUCCGUCUCUACCAGCUAGCGCCUGAACCUCAUCACCAGAAUCAAGCAUCUUUUUCCUUUUUUUUUUUUUACUUUUAUAACCUUUUGCUCUUCAUGCUGUUGACCAGUGUUUUGUUUUGCUCAUGUUUGCUUCAAACCUGGGAAAUUAUUUUCUACUUUGAUUAGUGAAGUGUGGUAUAGGUUUGUAUAUGUACAAACACAUGUUUAUACUAUCGACUGUAUGAAGAAUGAUCUUUUGCUCCAUUCUGAAGGAAGGCUAAUGCACUUUAACGCUUGACUCUAGUACUGGUUUUAGCACUACUAGUUUGUUUGAGGCUGGAACAGGAUCACGCUCCGCUUGACGCAUUUGCAGCUGGGCUGCAUGUAAGCACUUCACUUCGGCUCCCAAGCCCGCCUGGUUGCCCUCCGACCUCAGCCACUCCCGCUUUGGUUUCCAUCUGACACACUGAGAUGAGCCUCUGGCAGGCGAAAUCCUUCAGCUGUCUUUUUACAUGACCUGGACAGUUUCAGGACUGUGUUCAAAGUGAUUUCAGCUGCAGUCGAGAACACUUUGUGGGAAAGCCAAACAGAAACAGGAUCUUCCGGUGCCGGUGCACCACCUAUGUAUUGUUGCAGUGCGCAGCAAAGUAAAAUGGACUACAAGCGUCGCUUUUUGCUCGGCGGGUCCAAGCAGAAAGUACAACAGCACCAGCAGUACCAGAUGCCUGAGUUGAGCCGCACCCUCAGCGCCUCCUUGGCCUCCUCUUGCUCGGCCUCUUCGCCCAUGGGUAUGCCCAGCGGCUGCCACCUGCCUCCCUCCUCCUCCUCCUCCUCCUCCUCCGCCGCCACCACUGCGGUCGCAGACAUCCAGCAAGGCAUCUCCAAGUACCUGGAUGCCCUCAACGUGUUCUGCCGGGCCAGCGCCUUCCUCACAGACCUGUUCAGCAGCGUGUUCAGGAACUCUCACUACUCCAAAGCAGCUAUGCAACUGAAGGACGUGCAGGAACACGUCAUGGAGGCGGCCAGCAGGCUGACGGCGGCCAUCAAGCCGGAGAUCGCCAAGAUGCUCAUGGAGCUGAGUGCGGGGGCCGCCAACUUCAAGGAUCAGAAUGACUUCAACCUGCAAGAUGUUGAGGUACUGGGUCGGUGCUUCCUGACAGUGAUGCAGGUCCACUUCCAGUUCCUGUCGCAGACCCUGCAGAAGGUCCAGCCCGUGGCCCAGUCCUGCCUAGCAGAGGCCCUGGCUCAGGCCCAGGAGCGCUCCGCCAACACCCGCUCCCAAAGUGCCGAAACGGGGCCACUAACUGAGCUGGAGGAAGCCUCCCGCUUGUGGAAAGUUGCAGGGGAGGCCACGUCGAGACUGCGAGAGAGGGGUCGUGACGGCUGCCUGGCAGGCCUUCAGGUUCAGCAGCUCUUCUGCGCUCACAACACCAACAUCCCAGAACACCAGCUGAAGGAGCUCAACAUGAAGAUAGACAACGCCUUACAGGCAUACAGGUCAGCGCUGGAGAGUCUGGGUCACAGCGAGUACGCGCUGAAGGCGGGUUUCCACCUUAACCCCAAAUGUGUGGAGACAGCCUUACAGAGCUGCUGCAGUGAGGCGGAGGCGCAGCAGGCGGGUAGGAUGCAGACCACCUCCCAGCCCAUCCAGUGCGAGCUGCCCACCAUCCCCGUGCAGAUCGGCUCGCACUUCCUCAAAGGAGUUUCCUUCAACGAGUCAGCGGCCGAGAACCUCAAACUGAAAAUGCAAACGAUGCUGCAGCUCAUUAAGGAGGCACUGGGCCAAAACGGGGUUACCACAAGAGACGACUCCCCUGUCACCGAGGUGCUCAACCAAGUGUGUCCGUCUAGCUGGAGAGGAGCCUGCAAGACUGCUGUACAGCUGCUGUUUGCUCAGGCUGGGCUGGUGGUGGUUGAUACUGCUCAGAUUGAGAACAAGGAGUCCUAUGCUCCUCAGAUCACCCUAGAAGGAUCCAGGCUGGUGGUCCAGGUCCCUUCCACAUGGUGUCUGAAGGAGGACCCAGCAACAAUGUCUUUGCUCCAGCGUAGCCUUGAUCCAGAGAAGACCCUGGGUCUCGUGGACGUGCUCUACACUUCCGUGUUUGACAUCAAUAGAUGGAAGGAUAGGAAGGAACAGUCCUUGCCGACCAUUCAGAUUCAACUGCAGCGGGAGAGUCCGGACUUUGGCGGCCAAGUGGAUCUGGCGCCGGGCACCAGCUCCAAGGCCUCCAGCGGCCUGCCCAAGACCAUCUCCAAGCUGACGUCCAAGUUCACCAAGAAGGCGUCAUCCAGCCCCAACAGCGGGGGGAGUUACUCCAUCCCCAGCACCCCCUCCCGCAGCAUGCUGAGCGGCGGCUCCGAGGACAAGUCCAAGAGUUUAGGCCGCAGCGAGGGGAGACUGCACAGCCUCCUGCAGAUGGGCGGUGUCUCCUGCGCGCCCGACCCCGGCACACAGAACCCGCUGGCUAACGGCUUAGGCUGCGACGACCAGAGCAUGAACCUCCCGACCGACCAAGAGAUGCAGGACGUCAUUGACUUUCUCUCAGGAUUCAACAUGGGAAAAUCCCAGCAGGCCUCGCCCCUCGUCAAGAGGAGGAACUCUGUGGCGUCCGCAAACCCGGCCGAGCUGAAACCCCCUCCUGGACCGCCGCCGACGUCGCCGGGUAUCUCUCACAGCGGCCUGCCGCCCCAGAGCCAGAACCUGCCCCCACCCCAGGCUCAGGCCCUUGCUCCCCCGGCAGUGCAGAAGCAGCAGCAGACACCACCGUCGCAACAGCAGCCUGCACCCCAGCAGCAUUCCCCCCAGACCCUCCAGUACUACCAGCACCUCCUGCAGCCCAUUGGCCAGCAGCAGCAGGCCCCGCCUCCCCAGCAGACCCCCCAGCAGGUCCUGCCCCAGCAGAGAGUGGCCAGCAAGUGGCUCGGCACGUCUAGCCAGCCAGCUCCCCCGGGAGGCUUGUCCCCCCUGGGUCCCAUCGGCCAAUGGGGGGGCUCCCCCGGGCUGCCGGACCUGAGCUCAGACUUGUACAGCCUGGGCCUGGUAAGCACGUACAUGGACAGCGUCAUGUCCGAGGUUCUGGGCCAGAAGCCCCAGGGUCCACGCAACAACACGUGGCCCAACAGAGAGCAGAGUGACGGCGUGUUUGGUGCCCUGGGGGACACGCUGCCCUUCGACCCCGCUGUGGGCUCCGAUCCGGAGUUCGCCCGCUACGUCGCCGGCGUCAGCCAGGCCAUGCAGCAGAAGCGACAGGUGCAGCAUCCUCGCCGCCCCAGCAACCCUCGCAGCAACUGGCCCAUGCCCGAUGAGCAGCACAGGACUUGGGGCCACCCCGAGUUCUACAGCGAGGGCGAGGCCGUGAACAGCAGCUGGUCGGCCAAUCAGGGAGACUCUGCCAGCUCCAGCGAUGAGACGUCUUCCGCCAACGGAGACAGUCUCUUCUCCAUGUUCUCGGGGCCGGAUCUUGUGGCGGCAGUCAAGCAAAGAAGGAAACACAGCUGUGGUGAGCCUGAAGUGUGCACCCUGCCCUCACCGCCGCUCCAUCACAUGACCGACGACGGCCAGGACAGCAAGACAAAAACUUGGCCUCCCAAAGCGCCGUGGCAGCACUCAGCCCACAGCGGCUUGACGGCGUCGGCCAAUCCCAGCUCUUCCUUGUACCAGAUGAACCUCCCGCCGCCGUCGUCACAGUGGAGCGACUCCAUGCAGAUGCUCCAGUCGCCCGUGUGGUCGGCGGCCAGCGAGUGCCCGCCCUCGGCCGCCAUCUCCUCGCCUUUCCCCUUCACUCAGCAGCAGCAGACACAACAACAACUGAAAGCCAUGAGUAAAGGCUUCAAGUCGUUCCCCUUAAAACACGAGCACAGGCCCUCCUUCCUGCACCAGUACUGACAGGUACACACACACACACACACACACACACACACACACACACACACACACACACACACACACCACUCUGAGGGCCACACUGACUAACUACUACUUGAAACUUUCAAAAUACUAUUUACAACUCAUAAUGUUCCACAAAAACUAUCUUUUUCCCCAAGAAAACAAAAUACAACUGUUUUCCAGACAAUCAUUUAGUAUGUCAGGAAAAAAAGGCUGUGUUCUUGAAAUACAGAAAAAAAAUUUCUAGGAAAAAUACAAUUAUUUUCUAUACAUCACAACUGUUAUUCUUUAAAAAUAUGGUGGUAUCCCCCCCCCCCCCGAAAAAUUAUAACACUUUAUUCUCCGAUUAUUACAACUUUUUUUUAAAUAACAUUUAUUCUCAUAAAUAACACCACCACUUUUUUUUUUCUUCAAUUCUCAUAUGACAUGUUGAAAAAUAUAUAUAUAUUUUAUGACUUUUUCCCCCUGGGAAAGCGUAUGACUUCAUUCUGGAUCUUUUUGAAUAAUCACUACUUUAUUAUGAGAAUAUUAUCACUAUUCUGGAGAGAACUUAUUUUUGUUUUUCAUACAAAUGACAACUUUUUUCUUUUAAAAAUGUAAAACUCAAAUGACUGGAUUAGAAAUAUUUAAAUAUCACGACUUAAAAAUACAGCAUUUCUCAUAAUUUUUCUUGAAUAAAAUCUGGCUUCAGUCAUUUUACAGCUUUCUUGAACAAAUAUUUACAUUUACAGUACAUACCUUAUUUAUACCCAUUAUAGUCACACACUAUGAAGUGCAAAUGUAUUCUUUUAAUACUAUUUUUUUCUUGAUUAAGUCAGAUGUGGUAAUGUUUAGACACUUCAACAAAAUACAACAUUAUUCUGACAAUAUUCUAACUUUAUUAAAGGAAAUCCGGCUUUGCAAUUAGGACUUUAUAUAUUCUUUUUACAUAGUCCCCCCUUUUCCCAUAAUAUUACCACUUUAUUAUCAUAAUAGUGUGACUUAAUUCCUGUAAUAUUACGACACUUUAUUGUCAAGGGGGGUAAAAAUACCUGUGACAGAAAACUUAUCGUAAAAAUGACCUGAUUAGAUCAUAACUUGGAGAAAGAAACACACAACUUAUUUUUUUCGUUAUUUGUAAUAAAAUUACGACUUUAUUAUUGUAACAUUUUGAGGCUUUGUUUUGUAAAAAUACAAUUUAUCAUAGUCACGAUUUCUUUGUUGUCGCAUUAUAACAACUAUUACUGUGACUGUUCCACUUUUAUUUUCUAACUUCUGACUUAACAUUUGCAACUUUUAUGUUCUUGUUCUCUCGUAUUACGACACUUUUUUGGAAAAAAAAUCAACUUUUUUUCCUAGUAAAGUAAUGAAAGGAAUCAGACUGUAGAAUUACGACUAUUACAUGUUUUUUCUCGUAAAACAUUACGACCUGAUUGUCAUGAUUUUGCGACUUCAUUCACUUGAUUCUUGCAAAAAUCAGGGCUUUUUAUUUCCCCUGAAAAAGGAAAAAGUCUUUCUUGGUUUCUUUACGACUUUUUCUCUCUCUGGUAAUAUUACGACUGUUACUCGUAAUAUUGGCUUAUUUCACAACUUUUAUUUUCGGUAAAUAAGUAGUAAUGUUAAGGUAUAUACUUUUGUUGUAAAACUAAACUUUUAUUACUUUUUCUCCUGAAAAAAGUGUAUUUUGAUAACAUUACGACUUUUACAUUAAAUAAACCAUUCUUACAUAUGCUUUAUAAUUCUUAAUAAUAAUACAACUUGAAUUGUCAGGAUUUGGUGGCUUUAUUCUCGUAAUAUUACAACACUUUUGUAAAAACAAAUUACAAAAAUUAUUGCAAUUAAUAUAUAUUUUUUUGUCUGUUUUUGUUCCAACUAUUUCUGUGACUUUUUUUUUUUUUACUUAUUUUCCAACUUUUGAAUGGUUACAGCUUUUAUUCUAAUAAAUAAGUAGUAAUGUUGACGUUAAUCGCAUUGUGUUAUGACACUUUUGUCAUAAAACUGAAAAUUACUUUUUCCUCGGGGGAAAAAAAACAUCUUUUAACUUUAUUACUUGACUCUCGUAAUAUCACGACUUUAUAUUAUGUAAAAACGACCUAAAUUCUUGCAAUUGUGCGACGUUAUUCUUGUAUUACUACAACACUUUUUUUGGAAAACUAAAAACAUAUUGCAAUAAUCUGGUAAUACUUUUUUGUCACGACAUUUGCAACUUCCAAACGCUUACAACCAUUAAAGUAACAAAAAAAGUGUUAAUGUUGAACUUGAAUAUUAUUACUUUUUUGUAAAAAUACUUUUUUCUUGUAAAUUAACAACUUUGAAAUUACAAUUCUUCCUGUGACAUCUUAACUUAAAUUUUCUGACUUCAGAACACUUUCAGAUAUGAGUAAAAAAAAGUGUUUAAUGUUGAUCUUAAAUAUUUAAAAAAAAUUAUUUGUAAAAUUACUUUUUCUUGUCGUUUAACAACUGUAACAUUACGACUCUUCCUGGGACAUUUUGACUUCCGAAGGGUUUACGACUUUUAUGCUAGUAAAAAAGUGGUAGUGUUAAUCUUGAAUGUUAUGAAUUUAUUUGUAAUAAUACUUUUUUCUUGUAACUUGACUGUAAAAUUACAACUCUUACAGUGACAUUUUUGUAUUUUCCAAAUUCCGAACAUUUGCGAUUCUUACACUAGUAAAAAAAAAAAAGUGGUAUUAAUGUUGAUCUUGAGAUAUGGUGAGACUUCUUUUUGUAAACAAAAAUAUUUUUUCUCCUAACUGGACUGUAAAAUUCUGAUUCUUCCUGUGAUAUAUUAAAUGAUAAAUAAUGGAUUAUUAAUAAUAAAUAUUGAAUUACAUUUUCUGACUUCCGAACAUUUGACUCUUGUGCUAGUAAUAAAGAAGUGGAAAUGUUAACGUGGAUCCUAAAUAUUAUGAGACUUGUAUUUCUCCAAAUAUUUUUUUCUUCUAACUUAAUGACAGUAAAAUCACGACUCUUCUGUAACAUUUUCACCUACAUUUUUUGACAUCCGAACAUUUUACGACUCUUAUACUAGUAAAAAUAAAGGUGAAAUGUUAUCGUUCAUCUUGAAUAUUAUGACUUGUUUUUGUAAAAAUACUUUUUUUUCUUUUAAUUUGACUAAGAAAUUACGACAUUUUCCCACUUCUGAACAUUUACCACUAUUAUACUAAUAAAAACAAGUGGUAGUGUUAACGAUCUUUGUGUAGUAAUACUUUUUUCAUGUAACCAAACUGUAACAUUAUGACUUUUCUUAUAACAUAUUGACCUACAUUUUCCGAUGUCUGACCAUUUAUGACUCUUGUACUAGUAAUAAAGUGGAAAUGUUAACGAGGAUCUUAAAUAUUAUGAGACUUGUAUUCCUACAAAUAUUCUUUUCUUCUAAUUUGACAGUAAAAUCACGACUCUUCUAGUGACAUUUUCCGACUUCCGAACAUUUACGACUCUUGUACUAGUAAAAUAAAGUGGAAAUGUUAACGUUGAUCUUGAAUAUUAUGAGACUUGUUUUUGUAGAAAUACUUUUUUCUUUUAAUUUGAUUGUGAAAUUACGACAUUUUCCCACAUUUACGACUAUUGUACUAAUAAAAAAAAGUGGUAAUGUUAACGUUGAUCUUUUUGCCGUAAUACUUUUUUCAUGUAACCAAACUGUAAUAUGACUUUUCCUAUAACAUAUUGACCUACAUUUUCCGACGUCUGAACAUUUAUGACUCUUAUACUAGUAAUAAAGAAGUUGAAACGUUGAUGUUGAAUAUUAUAGGAUUUGUAUGUCUCCAAAUAUUUUUUCCUUCUAACUUAACGACAGUACAAUCACGACUCUUCUAGUGACAUUUUCCCCUACAUUUUCCGACUUCCAAACAUUUACGACUCUUGUACUAGUAAAAAUAAAGUGGAAAUGUUAACGUUGAUCUUGAAUAUUAUGAGACUUGUUUUUGUAAAAAUACUUUUUUCUUUUAAUUUGAUUGUAAAAUCACAACAUUUUCUCACAUUUAUGACUAUUAUACUAAUAAAAAAAAGUGGUAAUGUUAACGAUCUUUUUGCAGUAAUACUUUUUUCAUGUAACCAAACGAUUGUAAUAUUACGACUCUUCCUUUCACAUAUUGGCCUCCAUUUUUCGACGUCCGAACAUUUACGACUUUUAUACUAGUUAACAAAAGUGGUAUUGUUAACGUUGAUCUUGAAUAUUAUGACAUUUGUUUUGUAAAAUGACUUUCUCUUGUAACUAAACUAUAAAAUUACGACUGUUCUUGAGACGAUUUGACGCAUGUUCUCCGACUUCUGAACGUUUCCGACUUUCAUAUUCAAAGUGUUAAUCUUGAAUAUCGACUUUUUUUUGUAAUUUCACGACAAAAAAAAUCGGACCUUGUUGACACACACGUUAUAAAUGACUACGUUUUGAAAAUAGUCCCGUUUGCAAAAUUCCGCCAAAACUUUAAAAAAAUAAUUUCACAAACAUUAUAUUUUUUUUCAGUGUGGCCCUCCUACUCCCUACAUCGUAAAGUGACCCCAAUGCCCCCCCUCCCUCCCUAGAAAACGUACUACUAUGAUUACGAAUAGGAUAAAAACAUGCGGCGGCCAUAGUGUUGGUUUCUCUGUCAGAGGCGGGUAGUGGCGCCCCCUUCAGGCAAGAGCUGGAGACCGCUUGAAAAACAAGAAAAAAAACGGACCCAAACUGUGUCUAAAGGAGCUGUAACUGCCAAACGUACAGCUGGCAUGUUGACAUGUUGGAUUGAGGAAUUUUUACCAAGAGGCUUUGAGCAGGCUCAGCACACGUUAACAUACACUACUACUACUAUUAUUACUACUACUACACGUGCCAUGUUGGUAUUGCUAGCACUUGUCCACGGGCGUUCUUUGCAACCAAAGCAGGAGAUGAAUGGUGCUGAGGAGGAGGAGGAGGAGGAGGUUUUUAUUACACCACCAAAUUAGCGCAUAUUUCUUCUUCUUCACGAGUGACGUUGUUUUUCUGGUCCAAGUGUUGACAGUAUUAAUCUUAUUUUUCUAGUUACCAUGACUGUAUGUUAGGAAAAAAAAAAGGCUAUUUUCCCGCUGAUGUGAAAAAAAGAAGCACAUUUUGUCCUCCAUCUUUACCAAAAAAAGAAAAGAAAACCCUAACAAGGAGGGCGUGGCCUCCUCCCUCCACACCUUUCUUUCUUUGCUUUCUGUGGGCGCCAUUUAACGCCCGGAAUGUUCUUUUUUUUUUUGGGGGUUUGUUUUGUGGAUGUUUGCAGAUGCCAAUGUUGCCUGUAUUUAUGAUAAUGACA